AACUACCUUAACUGAUCAAGCACAAACUUGGUUCAACGGUCUACCUGGAGGAUCCUUGGAUGGUCUAGGCCAACUAUCGGAACGCUUCCUUAGCCAGUAUUCCAUCAACAAGAGAUACGCCAAAACCGGAUCAUACCUCUUCAAAGUCAAACAACGCGAAGGAGAACCGUUAAGGGAUUAUGUUAACCACGACCUGCUAGCCGAUAUACUGCAACAUAACUUGAAGCAUGUUCGCUUCCAAGAAUCCAUCGCAGGCCGACCCCCGCAAACUCUAGAGGAGCUUCUGAACCGCGCGGAGAAAUUUAUCCGGAUAGAGGAGGCCGUAGAGAUGGGGCUCCCCGUGAAGAGGAGGCGCGAAGAAGAACGCCAUGAUACAAAAAGGAAAGAAGAAGGACGCUCGAACCACGCUUCUACCUAUCCAAAGUUCACCCCCUUAAAAGCAAAACUCGUGGAUGUGUGGAUGGUAGCGGAGCAGAAAGGUUUAGUCCAACCCCCGAGACAAAUGAAAGAAAAUUUGAAAAGGCAAAAAUCGGAAAAAUACUGCGAGUACCAUCGAGAUCGGGGCCACACUACCGACGAAUGCUUUCAACUUAAGCAAGAAAUCGAGAGAUUGAUUAAGAAAGGACACUUGGGAGAAUUCGUGGAUACCCCGCGACACCAGAAAUUCAAAAAUAAACCCCACUUCCAGCAGAAAGGAGAACAUCCCAACGCUCGGAAAGAUCGGGAGGAUGACAAUCUUCCGACUCAAGGAAUAAUUGCAGUCAUUUCCGGAGGACCCUCGAGUGGUGAUACCCCCAGCGCACGACGCGCGUCAAUGCGGGCUGCAGGAGGCUCGUACUCUACGACAGAACGUCCGGCAGGACACGUUUACCAUGUUCAUCACCCAAACCCAGAGAUUACAUUUAGCGACGACGAUCUCGAGGGACCACGUGGUGAACACAACGAUGCGUUGGUCAUUUCAGCAUCAAUUUCCAAUUACUUGGUGAAGAAGAUUUUGGUAGACGGCGGUAGCUCGGCUGAUAUUAUAUAUUACGGCGCUUUCGAAAAGCUAGGGAUAGCCAAUGCGAAACUCGCGCCUGUGAAAACACCCCUAGUGGGGUUUGCAGGACACGCCGUCGAAGCUUUGGGAGAAAUCUCCCUAGUCUUAUCUUUGGGCUCAUUUCCACGUCGGGCAACAAACACGGUUAACUUCUUGGUCGUCAAGGCACCAUCAACGUAUAACGUAAUUUUGGGGCGGCCAAGUAUGAACCUCUUCAGAGCAAUCCCAUCAACCUAUCAUAUGAAGUUGAAAUUUCCUACGACUAACGGAAUUGGAGAAGCCGUAGGCGAUCAACGCGUAGCUCGAGAGUGUUAUGCGAAUACUUUGAGGGCACCUCAACUUCGGAACAAAAAGCAAGUGGGAGAAGGGGAUGACCCUCCCAAUUUCCUAAAGAGAAAAUGGGUGAUGGUUGUUAAAGACAACCUCAUCACCCCCUCGACCAAUCAAGAGGCCAGCGGCACGAGGCUCGCAGCAGUAGAAGAACUGAAAAGCAUAGAGUUGAUUCCGGGCGAUCAAGAUAAACUACUCUGAGCAGAAACCAGCCUUGAGCCCGAAACGGAGGCGAAACUCGUAGAUUUCCUCCAAAAGAAAAGUGAUCGGGAACUUGAAGAAGUAUUUAGUUUAGCACCUCAGGCGUGCAACCUUUUUUUUUUUUCUCAAUAAUAAAUCAGGAGCAUAUCGCUCGCUGUAACGCUUAAGCUAGGGAAUAAGUCGGGAGCAUACCGCUCGCCGCAACGCUUUUAAAUUAUGUAAUAAGUUGGCAGCAUAUCGUUUG